AUGCCGAUUAAUGAAAAUCCAGUAUUAACUGAUGAAUACUUGCAAACCUACAAUGCCGAAAUAUUGGUCGGUCCCAUUGAACUUUCCUCAUGUAUUGACCUGUGCGAUCAGGGUGGUGUAAUGACAUUAACCUCACCGAAACUAUUUAAAACUCGUACACGAAACUUUUUAUUGCAUUUACGAACUAUGUCAGAUCAAAGUAAGGAUGGUCAAGCUAAAACACGUGGAUGCGAUUGGUUACACGAAAUAUCUAUAUCUGUACGUGGUGUAAAGACAAUAAAUAUACCUAAUGAACGUACACAACGAAUUGCAAUGCUUGAAAGUAAACUGCUAUUAGAGAAUUUAUUUUUGAUUAUAAGUUCUACUGAAACUUCGAGGCUAGAAAAAAAUCUUGCUUUAGAUAUAUUGAUAUGGAUUUGUUUUAUACGCUUGAAUCGUUAUCGUUCCUCGAAGUCUGAAAGUAUGAAAGCACAGUUGAAUAAAAAUGUGCAACAUUAUAAUGUGGAUCUUGUAGCACAACAAAUUGAAUGUAUUUCUAUAGCUGAAAAGUACAUACACAGUAUCAUUCGUAACUGUAUCAUUCAUAGCGAUCGUUCGAUCGCUCACAAAUGUGUGAAAGUAAUAAUUAUAUUAACAGAUGGGAUAGGUAACAUGCCUAGUGAACUUCAGAAUGAACUUAAUUUGAGCGUUGCUGUUAAAACGGCUAUAUCAUCCACAUUCAAGGAGUUGCCACUUUCAAAACAUGCGAGUGUUGUACAUUGGUUUACAACAUUGGUUUGUGCCACAUCUACUGCUGAUUCGCAUAACGAAAUUUCUGAAUUAUGCAUAAAGUUGUUAACCAAGAUAUCUGCAGAAAUUUCGCAGCGUUGGGAUCCGUAUGGUGCAUUACUAGGAACCAGAUUUGGCAUGUAUGGUUUUCCAUUUGAGCCCGAAAUUUUCGAUUAUGAGUUACCAAGCAUGAACAAGAAUACCGCACCAAUUCCUUCAACCUUUUUAAGCAUCAUGCGACAAAAUGCAGGUGCAAUGCAAACAGCUGGUAUGGAUAUUAAAAAGCUCUGUUCAAUUGAUAGCGUAGAUUUUCGAACAUUCCCACAUUUGAUAAAAUGUAAAAGUGUGAGCAACCAAUUGCGAGGCUUAUUAGAGGUAGAACAGUUGCAUUUUUCUUGUGCUGCAACAUCUGAAGCUACUCGCAUAGAUAAUUUGGAUUCAAUUUCAACUGGCAAUGGGUCGAGUAUAAAUGUGGAAGAUAUUAUUAUGGGACCAAUGCAAUCUGUUUCCGUAGAUGUUUUAAAGGAUCCCGAUAUUGAUAAGAUACACGACAUUGUUAAUAAUGUCCAAAAUAUUAUUGUUGAUAAACAUCUUAAAUUAAAGAAACCCAAAGAAGUUGAACAAAAAGCCAAUGGCGUUUCUCACUUUGAGCAUUUGCCGCAUUUAUCAUCGAAAUACAAUUCUAUGUUGCCAAAAUUCAAAGCAAUUUGCAAAUACAUUGAGCUAUGUGAUGACACAACUAAAAAUUCCGCUAGCAAUAAAGCGGAACUUUUUAAAGAAAAAGCAAUAUCAGCCCAAGCUAAAUUAUCAGCUUUGGAGGAUGCCCUCACAAAGUUAGAUGAAACUCAAACAACAGUUAAAGAUGUGCUUAAAAUGCAUAAUAAUAAUGGAGAACAACGCAUAACGCAAAAACAAAGUGCACAACUACCUCAUGUGAACAAGGAAAAUAUUACAACUAAUGUCUUCUCUUGGCAUAAAUUGCUUUUGCCUCCGCCGAAACAAAUGAUUGUUAUCGAUCGUAUGCACUCUGGCGCUCGCCGAUUUGUUGUGCUAGACUUCGGCGCGCAUAUCCUAUUAACCGAUUUAGUAAUACCAGCUUGUGAUGAGCUCGCAUCGCUACACAUAGAUAUUUGGUGUUUUGAUGAAGAAACUGACAGUGUGCGUUUGACAGUAACACAUGAUAUCGGCACUAAGACAUUAGUUUUGACUGAUUUACAACCACCGCCAAUAUGUCGUUUCAUGAAAAUCACCAUUAUUGGUCGCAUUGGCAUGUCAUCCACAAAAUGUAAGAUACCGAUAGGUUCAUUUUAUGGUCAUACUGUUGUGUUAGAUAGUGAUUGCUAUGGUGAUACAGUAUUGAAGAAAGUUACGCGCCAACCACAAAAUUUACAAGCUCAGAUAAAGGCAUUGACUUCUUUGUAUGAAGAUGUACACUGUCGUUAUAGCUUAGCGAGUUGUAAAUUAUUGGAACUGUUAUCACCUGUGCUAAAUUGCGAAAUAUCAAAUGUUGCUCACAUGCAGGCUUUUAUUAAUAAGCAGCAUGAGACAGAGGCAAAUGUGGUGGAUAAUUUAAAAAUCAUUAAUUUGUACGAAGAAUGUAUUAUGCUACAACAUCAAAUUAAUGUUAUACGUAAUGUUAUCAAUCGUUUCGACACUUCCUUGUCAAAAGUCAAUCCAAUUAUGACUGCACGUGACGAUAUAUUACAGUUAACAUCACGAGAUAAAUUGCGUGUUCUGAGCCAAAGCCUAGUAGAAAUAUUAUUGCAUUUUUCUAUUGAAUUUGGAUUUAAGAAUAUAUUACCAGUACAUCAAUUAUUUACAAUUGACGUUGCCAAUAUGUUAUUUAAUUCUUUGGUCGUCUAUGGAGACGCACACAUACAAUUAGCUACUUGUUCUUUGUUGGUACGGAUGUGUUGCUUCCAAAGUUGGUGGGGUGACUUUUUGGCGGAUAUUUUCUGUAAUUUAUUUUCGUCUCAAAAUAGUAAAAUAUUUCCACAAGAUCGAAUAUUUUUCCUACUAACAUAUUUGGGUAGACGAAGCAUUGCCAUGGGAUCAUGUCGCUCAAUAGUAAUUGAUGCAAUACUAAAAACAUUAGCUAAAUUAUUAGCACCAAUAUCACCACGUUAUCAACAAACUUAUGAUAACGCUGAUCGAUACAAAGAUAAUUCCGGAAAUUUAUGGUUGAAAUCUGAUUUACAACUAAUUACAUGGUUGUUGUUAUUUUUGUCAGUUUGCUUAGAUGAUAAUAACGAUCAUAAAGAUAAAUCUACAAAUCGUUGGGAUUUCAUGAGCUGUGAAUCUGAUUUUACAAAGUCGCGUACACAAUCAUCUAACACACAAAAUAAACAAUUACGUUGUUUUAAGAAACGCAUUAUACAGAAUAAAUAUAGUGUUCAACCUUACACUGAUUGGGGAAAAAAGAUAUAUAUGAUACAAAAUGAGCAUCCAAAUAUAUUAAUGGAAUUAGCGGGAAAACCAAAAUCAUCUAAACAAUCAAAUAAAAGCGCAACAACAUCAAAGCCUGUCAAAGAAGUUAAUGCAAUAGAAAUUGAAAAUAAUUUUGAUAAGGGACUUAAAGCCAUACGAAUUUAUAAUAUAUUAAUUGUGAUAAGAGGUCUUAUUGCAUUGCUUCUAGAGAUGGAUUUUACUUGCAAUAUGGAUCAAUUUUUGUUAACAUGCAAGGUGAUUGCACGGUUGGUAUCUGCCUGUCGCCCAGCUGUAAAAUUGACAAAAAUUGUAACUACCACACAACUGGAGCAAUUAAUCCGGCUUGCUGUUUGGAAUGAUCAACAACAACCUUGGGCUGUACAUGCAAUUACUUGUUUAUUACAGGAUUUGUUAGAUGCUGAUAAGCACUAUAAAGACAAUGACGCUACUCCUACAAAUGAUCGCGGCAGUAUUUUGGAAAUUGUAACCGCAGACCAGUCACCAAAAAAUGCUUUUGACAGUUAUCAAUCAAUAUAUGCACAACAACCCAUGACAUCUGUACAAGCUAACAGUAAUGAAGUGCCCUAUUCUGAUGCAAAAUAUUAUCAUUUACCAUCUUUAAUUGAGUGCGAUGAUACUGAGUUUGAUGAACUUCUCAACGACAUGGCGAUGAUUGAACGUACAAAACCAACGAAAAAAGACAACAACAACGUUAAUAAAAAUACAGUUAAUUACUUUUGUAAAUCUAUAUCGAGCUCCCUAGAUGCUAGGUUAGAUGUUGGAUUAGAUAUCAACAUUGAAGUUAAAAUUCGACGCUUAACAAUGAUUUCUUCCUUGGAUAUGUAUGCAUCAUUGCCUCAGAUUCCUGGAAAUGAAUUCGUUACACCCAUUCCGGAAGCAACCAUAUGGCCAGAAUACAUAACAGAGAUUUGGUCAACACCAGAAUUUAAUGAAUCGCAAAAUACUUACAAAAUGUUUAAAGAUGUAUUUGAUAGCAUAUUCGCAGAUCUACAUAUGCAGGAUACAUGGGUACAUUUGGAACAGGUAUUGCAUAUGUGGCUAACUUUGAAUGGAGAGCUUACUGAUAAAGCCUGUACUGGAACUUUUUCGCAAACCGAUGUACCAAAAAUACCAUUUGGUGCACAUGCUGUGCAGGGACUGUUAAUUGCACUAGCUUGGCAUAAUGAUAUUAAGUUGCGUACUUGGUGUUUGGGUUUCCAAUGCUUGUUUUUAGCUUGUAACUCACAAGCUAUUUGUGAUGAUGACUCAGAUUCGACGAAUAUAAACGAAGUUAUAAUUAACGAUGAACAUUUUGAGAAAAUGUUGUUGAGAUUUUUCUCUGGUUAUGGUAUGACUUCAACUAUUAUUUCUAAUCGAUGUGCUGGACCAACUAUAUGUAAACAUUUGCAUGAACUAUUACAAUGGUUGCAUAAGAAAAGCGAAAUGACAGAAGAUUUUAUCACUUGUAAACGUAAACUUAAGGAUAUUUUACUACAUAUUAUACUGCAGUUAGUUCAACCAGGUGGUGCUAUUUGCACUCAACAGGGUCCAAUCGACGCACAAAGUCAAUUAGUGCGUGAUUUGCUAUGUAUGCCAAAUGAUAAAGCUGAUUUAAUUGUUGCUUUAAAAAUAAUAGAUAAUGUUUCGUUCCUGGUCAACAAUAAUAUAUCCAACAAUGACAAGUUACAAUGUCAGCGUAUAUCUGAUAAUAGUAGUGCUGCAAAUACGUUCUGCAAUUUAUUUGCCAAUGUGCUUGGUUCAGAUAACACUAAGCAAAAUGCAUCUAUAUCAGAUAAUUCGUUGAUUAUUAGUUUAAUAAAGCUGUCAUCGUCGCUCAUACAGAUAGAGUUGCCAAGACAGCCAAGUGAGGUUCCAAUACCGGAAGAUAAGGAACUUUCAAACGAAAGUCAAACAGAUGAAACAAAAGCUGAACAAUUAAAUAAUGAUGGUCCAAAAUCGAAAACACCAUGUAUAGCUGAUACGGUAUUACGUGAUAAGAACAUGAAUACCAUGAAACGUUUAUUAACUGCUUUGUCGAAUUGCACCAGCACUUCCGUCAUAUUGACAAUAACAAACAAUUCUAUAACUACUACAAAGGCUACAGAUAAUAAUUCAUUCGAUGAUCCGCAAACAACAGCAGAUGCAGUUUUUAAUAUGCUCGUUUUACUAUACGAAAAAGCAUCAAGCCCACGUUUAGUUAUUGCACCAAUAUGUCAAUAUCUGGAAGCAAGCACCUCGAAUCGUACUUAUCUUCCACGUUUACAAUUAUCAGAACCUUUUCUUCUGUUUAUGUCAAAAGUUUUGGCAGAUUCAUCUUCUGUUCAAAUUUUUACACAACUUGGUGGCAUAAAUAUUAUUUGCAAAAAUUUAGUUAAACUAAACAAAGCAUUGAUUAAUAUGCAACCUAGCUUAAUAUCGCUCAUUAUGCAACAUAUGACCAAGAAUUCCAAGAUAAAAAUUGCUCCACAGAAUAGUUUGAAUAACAGUUUAAAGAAACCACCAACAAAUAACGCACAGUCUCCACGUUACCUACAAGAAGGUCUUAUUAAUUUUGCACCAUUCUGCAAUAUUUCUACAGAAAAUGAUUCUGCUCAAUCCGCUGAUAUAUUAAUUUCCAAUCCAAUGGCUUCACAUCGUCGGCCACGUACACCGGCCUGGAAUUAUAUGUUUUAUCCUAAUGAAUCGCAUGUAGAUUUAACCAUUACGUUGCCAACUGCGGUAUUGCUGAAGGAAGUGCAAUUGCAACCACAUACUCCGACACUGGCAUCAUGUCCAUCAGCUGUAGCUUUAGAAAUAUCACGUGAUUAUGGUCUAGGACCUAUACCCGUUUGCUCACCACUAACCACAACAGGCAUGACAUGCAUACGUUUGAAGUUGGCUAAAGCUGAAAUAGCAACGAGUGUGGUUUUAAGAUUAUACAGACCUAAGGAUAGUUCCAAUAUUGGUUUGUCACAAAUUGCUAUACUCGGCAAUACAAUAUUUGCAGAACAUGCAAAUACCAGCAGCAGCAGCAACAGUGUAUCAAAUGCUGAUAAUUCAAGUGAUAAUGAUAUUUUUGCUAAGACUAGCAUUGGUUGGAUAAGUAUUUUAUCACGUUGUUUCAAUGCAGCUGAUUUUAUGCCCUAUCCUAAAUGGGAAGCAGAUAUCAUUGGUGCUUCGGCCGUAUAUCCUGGUUUCCUUGAAGCAUGUUGUUCAUUAAUGAAUAUAAUGCCCAUGAUACCAAGUGGAGCUCAACACAAUUUAGAAACGGUUCUCCUUAAGUUAGGUUCAUAUAACAAAGAAUUGUGUUUAUCUUUAAUACGAAUUUUGUUAUGGAAUACAGCACCUCAAGUUUAUAAGCUCACAAAUGAAAGCAUAUGUGAUUUGCUUUAUGAAUUAGCAACAACCAAUGAUGCACACAUCACAGAUAAAAUACAGUUAUUAUUGGAAUGGGUCAUCAAAUUACGUCAAAGUUACAGCAGUGGUACGCAACGUUGUAACAAUCCUCAAAGUGGAUUUGUAAAAUGCAUUGCUUCUAUUUUGUGGUACAUAUGUUCCAAUAAUCAAGUGCAUAAAAUAAUGGAACUAAUAACAAAUGAUAUAUUUGAAGCUUGUGUUUACUGGAUUGAUAACUUAGCUCAUGAUGAGCCCUUGAAAGUGGCAUUUGAUUCACUGCUCUGUGCACUAUGUAACAUCAAACCAGAACUUUUUGAUCAACUUUUACUAAAAGUUGACGUUAAAGUUAUGCAGUCAAUGCCAAAUAUUUCUAAUGAUCAGUACGCAAAAGAGGAAGAAAUUGGUCUUACGGAUGACAACAAAGGAAUAAGUGGUAGUGAAUGGUUUGAACAUGCUGCAGCUAAUAAUUUAAAUACACUCUUACAGCGACCAUCCUAUCUGGCAACACUGGCUUUAGCUUGUCAAUCACCUGUUGCAAUAUAUAAAUUAGUUGAUUCUGGUUUACCAAAAUUAUUGUCGCAUGCAUUAUUUGAGUAUUGUUGCGCUUUGUUACCAACAUUAAAGCGCGAGCAGAAAACUGUUCAAACACAACAUGAAGAGGAUGAAUUGGAACCAAAGCCAACCACUAGUGCUUCCGCUGUUGCAAGUACAAGUCGCAUGCAACAUAAAUUUAAUAAUCAAGCAACAGACAUUGAUAAAUCGAAGCAUGUUUAUACCAACACAACCGAUACACAACCUCUACUCACGUGUACACACGUGCCAAAAAUACUUGAUUUCUUUGCUGAAUGUUGCGCAGAGGGACAUAUGCGUGACUGGUUGGGCACACAACAGGGCACUGUAUUUUGGAAACCAUUACUUGAACUGCUUUGCAAUUUCAGACCAUUAGAACUUGCUGGCGAAGAACCUUUACAACAAGCAUUCAUACGUAUGGAACGUGCUACCAUUAACUUUUUAACACGUGUAACAUCAUGUCAUCCUAAAAACCAAGAUACUUUAACUUCAUUACUUAUUGCGGUUAUAACAAAAUCCUCUAAUGUAUCACCUACAGCAACAUUAAAGUCAACAAUUUCUGGCUUUACACGUCAAAUCGUUUUACAGCUGCUCUUAGAGAAUGAGCGCUUAUUGGUUUCGAUUAGAAGUAAAUUACCAUUGCAGCGUAAAAAUUCCAUUUUCAAUUCUUCCAGUUCUUUAACAGCGAAUGCUGCGAACAAUAACAGUGUUUCGAUGUGCUUUGUAAAUAAUCAUCCAUCGAAACGAGUUAACGCACAUCAUUUGCUAUUUUUCGUUAAUUCAAAUACCAAAUGUCAAGAAAUAUUGCAAUAUUGUGUUUCAGUUUCCUCAAACCUUGCACUUACUAAUAAUAAUUCAGAAAAUCCACCAAAAGAUGAAAAUACAGAUUCGGCACCAACUUGUAAUAAGAUCACUAUUAAUCAAAAUGCCAUGAAGCCAAUGUUAGAGAUAAAUACCGGAAUAGGAUUGAAUUUCAAUGGUUUUGAUAAUGGUAUGGAGUUUUUAAGUGUAGCUGCAGGCGUAACUGCAAAGGAUAAGCGUUUGAAAGAUGUUAAAAACCAGGUGGCCUCAGCGAAGGAUCAUAGUGCCAUUUCCGCGCUUCCAAAAUUAUUUACCAUUGAUGACUUCAUAACUCCUUCGAAUUCUGUGUUAACACCAACUUUUGCUCAAUUAACCCAUGAUGACUUGCCCGAUAUAUUACUAUCAAGCGAUACAACAGUGUCUCAAAUUUUAGCUUCUUUAUAUAAUAAAGGAGAAUCUUUAUCCACUCCUUGUUUGUCGCUUAAUUUGUUGACCCGAAUUACUAAUCCUGAUGAGUGUGAUGAAUCCGUAGUGAAAGCCGCCAAUAUGGAACCUUUACCAACACCGCUACAAAGAUUUUCCAGUCGUGGGGGCUUAUCUAUGUUAGCUAAGUAUUUGCCUACCGUUUAUCCGGAAAGUGCUGGCCGUAAGUCACCAACAACCCAACCGGAAAAGGAAAAAAGUCAACCAAUUGUUGAUUGGGUGAAACUUGAACCUAAUGAUGAAAUAUAUGAAGAUCUUGAUGAUGUUGUAUCAGAACCAAUUUCUAAAAAUGCUUCGAUUUCAUCCGUACCACAACACUCCUUAGCUGCAUUUGGGUUAUUCUUACGUUUACCUGGUUAUUCAGAUGUUUUAUUGAGAGAUAAAUUACGUGCUCAGUGCCUUCUCCGUCUAGUUUUGGGUGUGACCGGGGAUGGUGAAGGAAACGAUAUUUACAGUCUGUCUCUUGCUCCUUCGCUGCCAACAUUACCAUUUGAAGUUUUCCGUCAAUUACUUGAUAGUUUACUAUUGAAAACCGAUGACGGCGUCUUACUAAGACGUAUGAUAAUUGAAAUUGGUGCAAUGCAUUUAGUAUUAAAUUGUUUGAGUAUAUUUACACAUCAAUCACAAAAUUGUCAGAUCUCAACUCCUCAAAGCGAGGCUUCCUCGACUGGCGUAAAAACAAAUGGAGAAGAAUCCUCAAUAGCUCCAUCUGAUGAUAAGAGUCAUAUGUAUUGGGCAAAAGGAACCGGAUUUGGUACCGGUUCAACUGCGCAAUCCUGGAAUGUCGAACAAGCACUGUUAAGACAAAAAAGUGAAGAAGAGCAUGUAACUGUUUUGUUGCAGGUACUUUCAAGUUACAUUAAUCCUGGCGAUACCAUACCUGCAUUUUUGCAAAACGAAGAAAUAAUGGCUUAUCAUGAAAUAAAUGAUAAUCCCGGCGAGUUACCAAUACAAUUUACUUAUCUCUUGCAACAGUCCUGCCUCAUUCCGGCUUUAAGUUCCUAUUUACGAAAUGACUCUGUAUUAGAUAUAACAAGACACAUUCCUCUGUAUCGUGCUAUAUUACAAUUGUUACGUGCUCUGUCACAAUCACAGCAAUUGGUCUCCUUAUUGCAACCACAAACUCCACUAGAAAAUUCACCAUCCAUUUUAGAACUUUUAACUAAUUUGAAAACGUGUGUGGAUACAUACGCAAAGCGUUUGAAAGUGAACAAGAAAUCCAACAUAAAGGGACAAAAACAACAAGUUACUUUUAAUAUAGAUGAUGGUGAUGAUGAAGGAUUAGCUCUUUUAAUACCCGAUAUACAGGAGACAACUGCAAUUGUACAAAAAACAAUCAAUGCAGAUACAUUAGCUAAUUCAUUUGAUAACGAUGCUGCAGUAAUAAAUAUUGAUAAUCCUCAAUUAACAAAAUCUUUAGAACAACGCUAUAUGGAAUUAAUGAAACAGCUGCAAUUCGAUACUUAUGAUAUGAUUGUUGAAUCAGAUAACAAUAGUUUUCGCUUUACGGUUUCACAUCAUUUCGAGAAAAUGGUGCGAAUGGCUUGUGAUCGGUAUCAUCCAUCGCGCGUUAAGCGGUUAGCACAAGAAGCUGUAACAUUAUCAACCAGUUUGCCAUUGUCUUAUAGUAGUUCUGUGUUUGUUCGCUGUGAUACUGAUAGACUUGACGUAAUGAAGGUGCUCAUUACUGGACCCGCAGAUACACCUUAUGCGAAUGGUUGUUUUGAAUUUGAUGUAUUCUUUCCACCAGAAUAUCCUCUUCAACCAAUGAUGAUAAAUUUAGAAACAACUGGUCGCCAUUCAGUUCGCUUCAAUCCCAAUUUAUAUAAUGAUGGUAAAGUUUGCUUAUCUGUCUUGAAUACUUGGCAUGGUCGACCUGAGGAAAAAUGGAAUGCACAAACUUCAAGUUUUCUGCAAGUAUUAGUUUCAAUUCAAUCGUUGAUUCUCGUCCCAGAACCUUAUUUCAAUGAACCAGGAUUUGAACGAAGUCGUGGUACACCAAGUGGUACAUAUUCCUCACGCGAAUAUAAUAGCAACAUUUAUCAAGCAUGCGUACGUUGGGCUAUGUUAGAACAGAUACGUAAUCCUAGUCCUUGUUUCAAAGAUGUAAUCCAUAAGCAUUUUUGGUUGAAGCGUAAUGAAAUUUGCGCGCAAAUUGAAAGUUGGAUGGAAGAAUUAAACAAGCCCCAAUAUAAUGAACGUAAUAGCCGCACCAUUUCAUUCAACUCAAUGGUCUUACGCCGUCAAUAUCGACAUUUACGUGAAGAACUUUCAAAAUUAAAAGUCCCCGAGGGCUUGGAAGAUUUAGAUGCUCCUUUUAGUCCACAUGUUUCAAUACCACCAAUGAUUGACAACUCAAGUAAUUCGGCUAGCACAAGUACAAGUAGCAGUGUUAUAGCGCAAACACAGAGCACAACAGUAAGCACAAUGACUGCGACAACAGCAACCGCCGAGAAUGCAGAAACUAAAACUGAAAGUUAUCAAGAAUCCGUGUCACCCGCGUCACUUAGUUAUCCAGAGUGCAGCACACCCAAACCAAUGUUAGUUGAAUUACCUGAUUACAUUGAUAACGAUUUGGAUGAUGCCACACUUUUAUUAACGCCACAACAUCCAGUACCUGCGCCAGUGACAGCUACUGUGGUAACAGUGGAAGAGGCUACCACUCAAGCGGACGAAGAGAUUAUUGCCCAAACACCAGACUCCCCAAUACCAAUGUUUAACUAUCAGCACGAUGUUAUGAGUAUAAUAAAUCCUCCCUCACCGAUACCAAUUCCAAUGUUCAGCUAUUCCUUUGAUGGAGACGUAGAAAUAUUCUUUGACAAUGCCGAUGAAGAUGCUCAAUAUGAAGACUCCAAUUUGGGAGAUUUUCUAUAGUUAUCUUUUGACAGCAUUAUUUCGAAAUGUCAACAUGUAUCCAAAGUCUCAGAUGUUUAAUGUAUGUAUGUCUACAGUUAGUUUAUUAUUUUAAAUAAUUUUAUUUUUUAUAAAUGCUUAUAUUCCUUUGUGUG